AAUGAAAACACUAACGGGACUAAGGCCUAACUAAAAAUGAUGUUUUAACGCAUUUUACACUAUUUACAGGAAUGGAGGAAGGAAAUAUUUUGAGUGGAAGUGAGUUAUUAAAACAACAUUCAACUGUUGAUCAUAGUGUGCCCGUUAAAGGUGGUCAUAAAGAUUUUGAUAAAGAUGGAUCAUGGAUGCAAACUAAAAGAUUGUCAGUUUUCUAUGAUACACAUAAUGAUUUACUGGCAGAAGAAAGGACAGAGAAGUAUGGGAAUUUGGUGAGAGGGAAAUGGAAUCCACAGUUGAAAUUAGUUGAAUUUGAGAAAGAAAUGGGAAAAUUCUGGAGUAACAUGGGUUUUGUUGAUAAACAUAGAAAAUGGUUGUAUCCUGAAGAAGCAUUGUUUUUAAUGGAAGCAAAUUUAAUGGAAGUUAGUUUUAAUGAGUUACCAUUGAGUAUACAAGAAGCUUACAAUGAAUUUAUCAGUGAUAGUUUUAAACUGGAAGAAUAUCAAAUAUAUUGUCAUCUACGUCGUCAUGGUUACCUAGUCAGACGUCAUGAACCUUUACCUACAGACUAUGAGUUGUCAAUUAAACUAACAGAUCAUGUUAAAAAAUCCAAAAGAAAAAGAAAGAAGAAAGUAAAGGAACCAAAAUUAGAAAAUGGACAGACUGAUGAUUGUUCACAAAACAAACUACGAAAGACAGAAACUGUGCAAAACAAUUCUAAUAAUUUAGAAAAUAGCAGUUCAGACAUGGAGCAGACUUUAGAAGAAUCUUGUUUGAAUGUGGAUAAUUGUGAUAAUUCAGAAAUUGUGCAGACUUCAUCUUUAGGUCAAAAUGUUAAGUCUGAUUCUAAGGAUUGUGAUGUUUCAAACUGUUCUUCAACAAAUACACUUCAGAAAUCAAGAACUAAGAACUGGAAUUUUUCAGAGCUCAAUUUUCCUAGCAUUGCUAACUGUGAUCAACUUGUUUUAGACAAACCUAAUGACAAGUUUCUACCUCCCAAUGUAACUCCUCAAUGUGGCCAUUUUGAUGUGAAGAAUUACCUCAACCAAACUAAAAAGUCAACACCAUCUAGCCUUUUUGAUACAAACUUAGAAUUCUCACAACAUGAAUGGCUCAAGUCAAAAACUGAGAUACAUGCAAGUAAUUGGAAAGAUUUUAAACAAAAACAAAGUGAAAUUGUGAAAAAUUUGCAAGAACAUUCACCAGCUUCAGAAUUGUGGAAGGGGGAAGUAACUCCUGUGUUAAGACCAACAGAUGUUACAACUACAGCCAAUAUACUGAAUAAGUUACAAAUUAUAAAACUAAUAAAUGAAGUGGAUGAUGAAAGUGAAAACUCAUCUGAUGAAAAUUUAAACACAACAAAAAUCUCAUUUGAUGUUUAUUUACCAAAUGCUCAGUUUAAAAAGUCAGAUCCUGGUAGACCAAAUCAUAGAGUUUGUGUUACAAGAAGUUGUGAUGAACCUCCUAGUUUAAUAACUAUAAAUCAAUGUUAUUUGAAAGAUAAAGUACCAGUACAUUGGGCUGUAAUUGAUAAUGGUGAUGUGGCAUUUUAUUCAUUCCAACACUUCUCAUUACCUAUUGAUAUCUCUAAAGGAUGAAUAAAAACAGUUAAA